AUGUCUAGAGCGUUGGCUUCCUCCAAAGUUCUUCUUGACGAUGCUGUUUGUCCAGCUACCGUGAUUUUCUCCAUAGAGUCAGGCAAGAUCUUAUCAAUCGUGAAAGAGGUGCUUCAAGAUGACCACCCCAUAUUAAAAGACUAUGACGUCUCGCCUGAGGAUUUUAAAGAUGUGUCCCCUUUGGUGAUCAUGCCCGGAUUGGUGGAUGCCCAUGUUCAUUUGAACGAGCCGGGAAGAACCGAAUGGGAAGGAUUCGCUACAGGUACCAGAGCAGCAGCGGCUGGUGGAGUCACCACGGUCAUUGACAUGCCGCUAAACGCCAUUCCUCCUACAACGACGGUAGCUAACUUCAACCUCAAGAUCAACGCUGCCCGGGGCCAAACAUGGGUCGAUGUAGGUUUCUGGGGUGGUAUGGUGCCCACAAAUUUAGACGACUUGGUGCCGUUGAUCCGUAUGGGUGUGCGUGGUUUCAAAGGCUUUUUGAUAGAGUCUGGUGUGGAUGAGUUUCCUGCCAUCACCCCGAACUACAUAGUGAAGGCGAUGAAGAGGGUACGAGGAGAAGCGACCAUGUUGAUGUUCCACGCGGAAAUGCAACCCCACACAAAACACCAGCCUCCUGUGUUGGCUGUGGCCGACGGGGAGAGAACGCCAAAGCUUGUGGCAAACGAGAGUCACGAGUGUUUCGUCAGAGACACUGGGUCAGUAGAGAUUGAGGAAGACGGGCCCAACGGGUACGUUCAGAAUGGUCAUGCCAAUGGUCAGGCAAAUGGACACAUCCACCAGAAUGGUGGUGCUAAGUACGAUGAUUGUGAAAAUGGCGAGGUGGAGGAGCUUUCCGAUGAUGAUGAUGACGAUGACGAUGAUGAAUUGGUGGUUGAAACGCCAGUAGCCUUGACGGAGGCAGUGGAGGAGUUGGAUCUUGGUCGCUCUGCGUCGUUCGUGCCCAAGCCAGUGGCUAACCUUCUUCACAAACACUCCAACCAGGCCGAAUUUGAUGAGUACAAGUUAGAAGAUGAAAAUGGUGCUGAUAUCAGCAAUGAGGAGAGAAUAGCAUUGGCGAAGUCGCCCUACUUGCAAGGGUCUGAGCCCCAGUUUGGUCCUUAUGCCAGAAUGGCUAAUCCCAAUCACGAGGAGACUGUCGCUCAUAAACCUUCAACACCUUUGGCGAAGCCGAACGAAAUCACCGAUGAAAAACUCAAGGACAAUUUCGAAGAUCCAUUUGUUUUGGCUCAAAAGGAGGAUGAAGCCUUGGCCAACGUUGAUCCGUCGCUCUAUUCCUCCUUCCUUGCUUCCAGACCAGACAACUUCGAGACCACCGCAAUCGCAGAGAUCAUCAACUGCUCAUUGAAGUACCCCGAUGUUCCUCUCCACAUUGUUCAUUUGGCCACCCACGAGGCCAUUCCCUUGAUGCGUGCAGCCAAAGCCAGAGGGUUACCCAUUACUGCAGAGACUUGUUUCCACUACCUUUCGCUCACAGCAGAGAAGAUAUCUGCAUGCUCCACCCACUUCAAGUGCUGCCCUCCAAUCCGUUCUGACGCCAACAGGCAGCUUUUAUGGCGUGCAUUGCGUAACGACAUCAUCACCACUGUCGUUUCUGAUCAUUCGCCAUGUACACCUGAGCUCAAAGGCUUGGAGAAAGGUGAUUUCUUCUCCGCUUGGGGAGGCAUUUCUUCGGUAGGGUUGGGCUUGCCUAUUUUGUAUACGGAGGGACAAAGGUUGAACCCACCCAUACUGCUCCAGGAGAUCACUAAGUGGUGCUCUUGGAAUACUGCUAAGCAAGUAGGGUUGUCGCAUGUAAAGGGCAAGCUCGCAGUGGGCUUCGACGCAGACAUCAUUUUGUUUGACCCUGAGACAUCCUACAUUGUACAAAACGACCAGUUGUUCUUCAAAAACAAGCUUACCGCCUAUGACGGCAUGGAGUUCCAAGGAAGAGUGGUCGAGACCUUGGUAAGGGGCGUUUCAGUGUUCCUGAUAAAGAGAGGACACUCAAAGGAAGCAUUGGGCAAGCUUCUCCUUGAGCCACGCGUCCGUGAGAUCAGCGUCUAA